AUGCCUACCCGCUACGAAAGCUCCCCCGCCAGCCCGGAACCCCUGGCCCGGCCCCUGACCUUCCCCUUCUCCGGCAAGACGGCCAAGAACCGCCUCCUCAAGAGCGCCAUGGCCGAGUCCCUCGCAACUUGGAGCCCUACAGAGCCCUCGAAGCGCGGUAUCCCCACGACCGAGCUCGUCGAAGUCUACCGCCGAUGGGGCCAAGGACCAGACAACUUUGGCAUCAUCUCCACGGGCAACAUCACAAUCGACUUCGAGCACGUGAGCACCCCUGGCGACAUGAUCAUCACCCCCGAAUGCGCCCCCACCGAAGGCGACGCCCGCUUCGAGGGCUUCAAAGCUAUCGCCGCCGCUGGCAAAGCCGACGGCAGCCUCAUGAUCGGACAGGUCAACCACGGCGGGCGCCAGGUGCAGAAGAAGAUCCAGCCGAACCCCGUCUCCGCGUCCGCUGUUCCCUUGGAACCAAAAAUGGGCAUGGAAUUCGCACCGCCCCGCGAAGCCACCAAACAAGACAUCGCCCGCUUCAUCGACGGCUUCGCCCACGCGGCAACUUACCUCGAAAAAGCAGGCUUCGACGGCAUCCAGCUGCACGCCGCGCACGGCUACCUCAUCGCACAGUUCCUCUCGCGCACGACGAACCGCCGCACCGACGAGUACGGCCCGCAGACGCUCGAGAACCGCACCCGGUUGAUUGCCGAGAUUGGCAAGGCCGUGAAGCAGCGGACGUCGGCUGGGUUCAUCUUGUCUGCCAAGAUCAACAGCGUCGAGUUUCAGGAGGGCGGGGUGACGUCUGAUGAGGCGAGGGAGAUGAGUGCGCUGCUCUCUGGGCUGGGGUUUGACUUUUUGGAGAUUUCGGGGGGUACGUAUGAGGCUAUGGGGAUGAAUUGGGAGAAGGAGAGUACGCGCAAGCGAGAGGGGUUUUUCUUGGAGUUUGCGGAUACGGUUGUCAAGGGACUGGGUGAGGAUGCUGCGGCGCGCAAGACGAAGGCGUAUAUCGUCGGUGGGAUGAGGACUGUAGGCGCGAUGGUGGAGGCGUUGGAGGUUGUUGAUGGUGUCGGGCUGGGGCGUCCCGGCGCGCAGGAGUUCCGGUUUGCGUCGGAGUUGAUUUCCGGGAAGGUACAGGGCGCCGUGAAGCCUGUUGAGAUGAUUGAGAAGGAUAUUGGGAUGGGGUUGACGGCGGCGGGUGCGCAUAUUCAUCAGGUUGGACGGGGCGAGGAGCCGUUUGACGCCAGUGAUGAGGGUUCGGUGGGGAGGUUUGUGCAGGAUAUGCAGGCUUGGUAUGGGGACUUGGUCGCUGACGGCGACAAGUUGGAGCAUUACGGCGCCGUCAAGUUUUCUGGCGAGACUGUGCCUUAUGGGGAGACUUCCAAGGCGUAG